AUGGAGUGUGUGUGUGUUUGUGUGUUUUAUAUAUAUCGUUCCCUUGUAGUCUUGUAUAAAUCUAGCAGAUUUCACUACAGUGGGACUUUGAUCAAUCAGGAAUGGGUGCUCACUGCUGCACACUGCGACAUUAUCUACAUAUACCUUGGAAUGCAUAAACAAAGUGUGCAAUUUGACAAUGAGCAGAGAAGAUACCCAAAGGAGAAGUACUUUUUUCGCUGUAGCAAAAACUUUACUAAAUGGGACAAGAACAUCAUGUUGAUCAGGCUAGACAGACCUGUUAGGAAGACUGCACAAAUUGCGCCUCUCAGCUUGCCUUCCAACCCUCCCAGUGUGGGCUCAGUGGGAUGGGGCACAAUCACAUCUCCUCAAGAGACUUAUCCCGAUGUCCCUCAUUGUGCUAACAUUAACAUACUUGAUCAUGUGGUGUGUCGAGCAGCUUAUCCAUGGCAGACAGUGAUAAGCACAAUAUUGUGUGCAGAUAUCCUGCAAGGAGACAAAGAUACAUGUCACGCUGACUCUGGGGGACCUCUCAUCUGUAAUGGACAAGUCCAGGACAUUGUAUUUUGGGGACCCAAUCCUUGUGCCCAACCGCGUAAGCCUGGCCUCUACACCAAGGUCUUUGAUCAUCUUGUCUGGAUCCAGAGCAUUAUUGCAGGAAAUAAAACUGUGAAUUGCCCCCCGUGA